AUGAGUUCGAUCGCUCCCGCCGACCAACCCGAUCAAGGCCCGGACACUCACUCCGCCGCCCAAGAGAUCCCCCAACAACAACAUCAUCCGCAAGAGGCCCUUCCGUCACCUUCACCCGUUGAGAUGUCCAGCCUUCCUCCAACCCAUCCGACGUCCGAUCCGCAACCGUCCGCAUCCCAUUUUACGACGACUAUCUCGGCUGGAUCCUCGGUGCCACCGGUGGCUGGACCUGUAAGGACCGAUACCAGCACUGCAAUCGAUCAAUCGAUGAAUCCUCCCCCUCCCGUUGCCGCUGGCGCCGAAACUCUACCAGUGACGAGAACCUUUUCGACAGCCAUUGGGCCAUCGUCCGACUCUCCCGUGGUCCCCGCCAAAGACAGCGAGGCGACAGGUCCGAUCCUUACAUUGACUCUACUCUUGACCUCCGGAGCCCGACAUCCAUUCAGGCUGGAUGGCCGAUAUUUGACCAAACGCAAUGUGAACGUGGUCGGCAAUGACCCCUUCAACUUGAGUGUCUAUAACUUGAAGGAACUCAUUCUACGCGAAUGGCGGGAUGAAUGGGAAGCCAAACCGAGCAGUCCCAAUUACAUUCGCUUGAUCAGUAUGGGCAAGCUGUUGGAUGAUAAGACAUCCUUGAAAGACUAUAAAUUCGGCCCCGAUUUGCCCAACGUACUUCACAUGACCAUCAAACCACAAGAUUACAUCGAGGAGGAAGACGCAAAAGGCGCCAAGGCCAACUUUACAAGUAAUCGAGAGUCUGAAAACAGGAGUCCUGGAUGUCGUUGCGCGAUUAUGUGA